AUGCUGGUGACCUAUUUGGAAGCCAGCCGGGACCUUUGCGAGACGGACUCAAUUCUUUUUGGCGCCGCGCUGGCGGUCUGCCGUAUCAUAGGCGCCAAGGUUUCCACGGCUGGACGCGCUACUGGCUAUAGUAGCGCUAUCCCAGCAUGGAGAAGAAGAAUUGAGGAACGUAUCGCAAAGGCUAGAGCUCUUAUCGGCAGACUGAUAUGCUUCAGAUCAGGCAAAAACAGGCCAAGAAUUGUGCGCACCGUCAGGAUGGCGUUUGCUGGGACAAAUGUCAGUUUGUCCCAGCCGGAUAUAACUCAAAAACUGACGGAGCGCAUAGAUGAUCUGAAGCAGAGAAUCGCUGGUUUGGGGAAAGCGGAUUCGGCGAUAUACCGAGAGGUCGACGCGGUUCAACCAGAAUCGUCUCUUCCAGAGUGA